AGUGCUUAUUUGACGAUUAAUAAAUGUAAUGUUUGCAUUUUUAGUGCCAUCAAACGACUAGUGAAUCUAAAUAUAUUAAUUUAAAAUAAAUAUUACCCUUACGAUAAAAUAAACUAUGAAAGUCAAACGGCACUUUACUACUACUAUUUUAUUAAUAAUUUUCACAAUUUUGAUGACUGCUGACUGUGUUAAUAGAAAAGGUGAUCCAAAAAGUUCAAAAAGUAGCAUCUCAAGUCUACUUAAUACUCUGAAUGGAGACACUUUUAAGAACUGGAGUACAAGUUCAUUUGCAAGAAACUUUCAAAAAGUUAUUGGAUUUGCACCUGCUGUUAAAGAAAAUGAUGUUUCUAAACUAUUGGAUUUGAUAUCAAAUGAGGCUGAUUUGAUUAAAAUUGGUGCAUUUAAUAAACUUAACAAGCUGCCUAGUAAUGGCAACAUUGAACAUAAAAAGUCGCUUAUUCUUGCAAAACUUCAAGCCACCAUAGAACUGAUAAAAUAUUAUGGUACUGUAUACAAUUGUCCGAAGGUAAAAUUUACAUUUGCUCAAGGACUUUAUUAUGCACACAAUUGUCAAAAGUUAUUAAAAGAGAACCCGGGUGAAUGUCUAAGGAAGAAAAUUCAAUUGCUCGAAUCCUUUAGCUUCAGUCAUAAAAUUGAGGAAAAUCGAAUAAUGAGAUAUUGGAUAAGAAAAUCUACUAAAGAAGCAGAAAAAUACUUAGGAGAUGAUAAAACAUUAAAAUACAUUGAAACGAGAAUAUCAUGUGAAAUAAAAUUAAUACAAGAAAAUAAAAAUAUAUUAUUAAAAACAGCAUUAAGAUUAUAUGCGGGUAGUGCAAAAAAAGGUCUAGAUUGUGUUGCAGAAUUAAAACCAUUUGAAAAUCAUAUAAAGGAAAUUGGUUCAUUUACUGGAGAAUUUCAUUAUUUAUUAGCUAGAGCGUAUUCCCACCAAGGUAAUAACGAAGAAACUAUGAAACAUCUUCUUAUAGCACGUAAAGCAGAUGUUGUAGACUCAAAGACUCGCUAUGUCAACAAAAAAGUACAAGAAUAUUAUGAAAAAAUAUACACACGUCUGAAUGCUAAAAAGAAAUAGACAA